GUGUUCGGUUUCUGGGAGCUCGCUUGUCCUCGCCUGCAUCGCAUUUAUUGUUUAUAGUUGAAUAUAGUUGUUUAUUAAUAUUUAUUCAUCGCCAUGUGCCCUCGCGAUCGCGGCCUCUGCUUCCUGAUCCUCGCCCUCGUUCUGCAAAGCCUCUCGGUCUUCGGUCAAAACCUACCGUACAUCGCAUGUCCCAAAAUCUUCGAGUACCUGGAGUACCAGGGCCAGUACAUUGGACACAUCCAGGUGGUUCUAGACUCCUCCUUAGUGGAGAAUGUCGUGAGCGUGGAGUUCUCCCAGCGAGGGAGGCCCCCGACCUACUCGGGAGAGUUAAACUUCUUGGAGAACGAGGAGUCCCUGAGUUACCGCCUGAGGAACGGUGAGCUCAUCAACUACCGCGUUGACUUCCCCACGCCGGGGGUGGUGCCCAAGCUGAUAAAGGUCGCCGUCAAUGGAGAAACUCUAUGUCAGGCUAAUCAGUACAAUCCACCGAGCGUUAAGUUGUAUUUGUCCCGCACCUUGCGAACGUCGGUUCCACUAUCAGCCCGGCCCCAGGAUAUUCCAUUUCGACAGAGACCCCCGAUUAAUCUUAAUCCUGAGCCCGCACAGCGUCCGCAGCCAUUGCCUCAAAGACCCCAGCAGCUUCCAAGUCCUAUACCGCGCCCUCAGCAGACACCCCCACAACCGCCACGCCCCCAGCCUCUGCCACAGCCCACGCAGCCUAUGACUUCAACCAACCCACCGACGAUCCGCCGGGUAAAUAAUGCUCCCCAGACCAUUGGCCAGCUGAGAACGGUCUGCGGGCGGGAGAAACCCAUCCAGACGGCCUUCAUCCACUUCGGCGAGGUGGUUCAGCAGGGUCAGUUCCCCUGGAUGGUGGCCCUGUUGGAGCGGAUCGGCAAUGAGUACAGCUUCACCUGCGGCGGCACCCUGAUCUCGGCCAGAACGGUGAUAUCGGCGGCGCAUUGCUUCCGCUUCGGGAGCAAGAGUCUGUCAGCAGACCGCACCGUGGUCUCCCUGGGUCGGAAUAGCCUUGACAUAUUCUCGCCCGGGGAGUUGCAAGGAGUAUCUGAGCUGGUGCUGCACCAGCAAUACGAUGUCAAUACUUUUACGGACGCCGAUCUGGCGUUGCUGCAGCUGACUAAUCAAGUUCAAUUUACGGAUUACAUUAAACCCAUCUGUUUGUGGAACGAUAACUACCUGCUGGACCUUCCCUCUGGUCACAAAUCGUACGUCGCCGGCUGGGGCGAGGACGAGCAUGGCAACAAGAACACGCGGUUGGCCAAGAUGACGAGCACGGACAUCAUCACGCAAACGGAGUGCCGGGGCAACCUCACCUUCGAGAACGUGCGCUUCGUCACCUCGAACACCAUCUGCGCCAGCAAUGCCAAGGCUUCUGGUCCCUGCAGCGGCGACUCCGGCGGAGGCCUAAUGCUGGAGGAGCAGGAUAUAUGGAUGCUUCGCGGAGUGGUUUCCUCUGGACAGAGGACGAGUAAGGGAUGCGACCUGACAAAGCCGGUGAUCUACACGGACGUGGCCAGGCACAUUGACUGGCUGCUUAGGACCAUGUGGUUCUGAGGGUUUACCUUAUAGACAAAUAGAAAACUGUGCCAAAAUAAACGAUAGCGUAUACCAAAUUUUAAAUAACUUAGUUGAAAGUUCAAUAUAAAUUUUGGAAAUGUA